CUUAAAGUUACUGGCUGGGUCAUGUUGAAAGCCAUGGGUCGUUUUGCAUUAGACAUUUUGGUAAUCCCAAACAGGAUUAUUUUUCAUUUCCGCGGGAAAUUUAAGUAAUUUCAUUUCAAAGUUGGUGUUUUUCAUAAAGUUGGUGUGGAGCUGUGACGUCAUUUAGAGGAGGCGGAAGCUUUGCUGUAGUUUUGUGUUAGCUUGAGAAUGUGGUUUAGGUUGACUUCGGGGUCUGCAUCCCACUAGGCUACUAGUCUACGAAGGCCAGACGUUCAUAUGCUCUUCCUCCAGCUGCGAACCAGCCUUGUGAAUUCAAAUGGAAAGAUGAAUGCCCUCGAUGGAUUAGAAAUGUUCAUCCCAGAGGAGGCUCAAGUGAAGAGCAUAGCAAUUUGGAGUUUACCAUCCUCAAUGAUCAGAGCAAUCGGCCUCCCCACCAUGGACCCCAAAGGCAUAGACAGGAUUGCAGAUUCCCCACUAGGCAUAUGGAUUUGUCCGGCAGUCUUGCGAAGCAAAGACCAUGGAUCAGCACAACGAAAUGCAGCCUCACUUCUAACAGCUGAGUUUCAGCUUGCCCGGAGUCCUUUGAAAAUAGCCUUUGUCUCUUCUAGCGUGGAAGCUUAUAAUGUGUUGAAGGACAAUGCAUACGGGAAGGGUGCGACCCGUCCCCCUCAUACCGCCCUCUUGUCUCCAGAAGUGGCACUUCACAGCUCUGAGGAUUUUAUCAUCAUUUACAAUGAACAACUUUACCUGAUGAUGAGAAACGUCAAACCGAGCCAACGGGUGACAUGUAAAGCCCAGCAGCCCAUCAUCGCUCAUUCAGCAUCAUCAGCUGAGAGACAGACGGAGCUUAACGACAGUGAACCUGUGGAGCAGCACAUUACAUGUGAGGACACACGUGGCGACAAAGUAGAAGAUUUUAUUGACAAAGAAACUGAUUGGUCAUCAUCUCAAACUGCUGAUGAACUUCGAGAAGACUGGGAUGCCGUUCCAAAUGACAACCAGAAAUUGAACACAAGUCUGACUCUGGACUCAGACUUUUGCUCAACACAGAAAGAGGACUUUGAUUUUAAUGAACUUGAGCAACGGGAAAAGAUUGCUCAGAUAAAGGCCAAAUUAAAACAGAACAAGGCCGCACUCAACAGCCUGCAUACUCCAAAAUGAACACAAUCAGAGAAAAUGAGAA